GCAGCAGCAAUGAUUACUCAUUUUCUGUUUAAUCUGGCGUGGACUCCGGAAGCUUCAGCUGUGGGAGUGGCUGCUCCCUAUUGGGCUCAGUGAUUUUCUAGGCAAGAGUCUCCAGGAUAUUAAAGCAGCUUCUGCUCCCUUGCUCAGUCAGCCUUGGACUGCUGAACACGGAGAACGGCAGGACAUCACUCAGUGAAACCAAAGACUGCUGAUAUGGCAGGGAAGCCAGUACUUCACUACUUCGAUGGACGGGGAAGGAUGGAGUCCACCCGAUGGCUCCUGGCUGCAGCUGGGAUAGAGUUUGAAGAGAAGUUUGUAACAUGUCCGGAAGAUUUGGAAAAGUUAAGAAAGGAUGGAGUUCUGAUGUUCCAGCAAGUGCCCAUGGUGGAGAUGGAUGGGAUGAAGCUGGUGCAGUCCAGAGCCAUUCUCAACUACAUCGCCAACAAAUACAACCUCUAUGGGAAAGACACGAAGGAGAGACUCCUGAUUGAUAUGUAUACAGAAGGCAUGGCAGAUUUAAAUGAAUUGAUCUCAUCUUUGAUAAUAACUCCUCCAGAUCAAAAGGAGAGCAAGAUGAAUUUGAUUAGAGACAGAACAAAGAAUCGUUACUUACCAGCCUUUGAAAAAGUGUUAAAGGGCCAUGGACAAGACUACCUUGUUGGCAACAAGCUGAGCAAGGCUGAUAUUCUCCUGACUGAACUUUUGUACAUGGUUGAAGAGUUUGACGCCAGUCUUUUGGCCAACUUCACCCUGCUGCAGGCUCUAAAAACCAGAAUCAGUAACCUGCCAAAUGUGAAGAAGUUUCUGCAGCCUGGUAGCCAGAGGAAGCCUCCAAUGACUGAAGAAAAGUUAGAAGAAGCAAGAAAGGUGUUCAAGUUUUAGUUAAACUGGCAUCGACCAAGCCCACACAUGUGAAACAUCUAAAUUUUGCAAUAAUAAAGUUCUUUGUCUAAAGGUU